GGUCCUUCGUAGUCAUGAUCUUUUCGUUGUUUGCUUUUUUAAACAACUAUAUAUAUAUAUUGUACAACUUAAAUUGAUUUAUUUACACCAUGUAUACGACAUUUACUUAAACUGAGAAAGCACAGAAAUGGCGCCGCUCACAUCGUUUCCAUCCAAAUAACAGCAGAAUAUUCACAUGGAAGACACUUCAUGGUCCUGAUGCUGUAAUAGUUUUAUCCCUCACUCAUUGGAGAUUUAACAUGGAGCAGCAAGAGCCUGGAUAUGAUGUUACAACAGAUGUUUUGUCUCAGUCGAAAGGGACGGAUAUGCCUGUGCUACUAAGCAAGAAAAGAGUAGCCAAAAGAUUGAAAGUAUCAAAAAAAGGGAAAAAGUCUACCUCCAUUAUCCAAGGACAAUCUAAAGUAGGUCAUGUUGAAGAGGGCACCGAGCACAUGUUUCGUACGCACAUCUGCUCAGAAUGUAGACGGUGCUUUAAGUCUCGCUCUCAUCUGAUGGAGCACAUGCGUCUUCAUUUCCCCGAUCCCACUCUGCAGUGUCCCACCUGCAAACAUUACUUCACCAGCAAGAGUAAGCUACGCGUCCACAUGCUGAGAGAGACCGGACAAAAACUUCACCGGUGCCAUAUUUGUGAAUACGGAGCUGUGGAACGCAAUUCCCUGCAACGGCACCUUGCAAGCGUGCAUGGGCACCAAGGGGAUGACUCUCACAAUGAAGAUCUAUUUACGUGCCCGACUUGCCAAAAGAAGUUCAGUCAAAGUCGGGCUUUAAAGAGUCACAUGAAGUCUCACAACAACACACAAAAGGGGCAGUCAUUGCUCUGCUUUAAUAAGGGCUGCUCAUUUCAAUGUACAGAAAAGAAGACGCUACUAAAGCACACGUUAGAGGCUCACAGUAUUGAGGCCGUAGGGUGCCAUCAUCACUCGUGCGGUGCCGUUUUUGGGAGCCGAGAAGAGAUGGAGAAACACUUCCGCACGCACCAGGCCUACCACUGCUCACACUGUGACUUCUCCUGCUCGAAUAAAAGCCGCUUUCUGCAGCACAAAAGACAGGGACAUCCAGGGAAACAAGAGCUAAGCUGUAGCUUCUGUACUUUCUCCACUCUCAACCCUGUAGAGUACGAUCAACACAUUGGCCACUUUCAUGCCAAUGAGAAAACACACCACUGCCCACAGUGCAGCUUUUUGACGGCUCACAAACGGGUCCUGAAAAGACACAUGCUGAUGCAUACUGGAGAAAAGCCCCACAAAUGUACGCUGUGUGACUUCAGAUGCCGUGAUGAGACGUACCUAUCCAAACACAUGCUGACACACUCCAACGACAAACAGCACAUGUGCUCUGAAUGUGGAUAUGUUACGAAAUGGAAACAUUAUCUCAGCGUCCACAUGCGUAAGCACACAGGAGAUCUGAGGUACAGAUGUAAUCAGUGUCCAUAUCGUUGCCACCGCAUUGACCAACUAAACAGCCAUAAACUCCGUCACCAGGAAAAGUCACUGAUCUGUGAGAUCUGCGCAUACUCAUGCAAGAGAAAGACUGAACUGCGCAGGCAUAUGCAGCUCAAGCACUCCACACAUGUAGAAAUCCAGCCUCCGGUUUACCAGUGCAAAUUCUGUCCUUACUCAACAAAGCAUCGGCAAGCCCUGCACAGCCACGAGAACUGCAGGCACACCCGUACACGCAUGUUCAGCUGCGCACUUUGCCGCUAUACUACUUUUAGCAACACAGGCUUGUUCCUGCACAAAAAGAAAACGCACGGGUAUGUGCCCGGAGAUGUGGGGUGGCUUGAGAGGUAUGCAGAGAAAGAAAAAGAACAAAACUCAACAGAUUUGACGCAGAACUUUUUCACCAAAACUACAACUCAGACUGCAGAUUCAGAAUGUAGGGAACGAACUAUUAAUAGGAAACAAACCAAUAUCUCUAUUAAUAAUAAUAUUGAGGAUGAAGCAGUAACAGCCGCUACUGGAGAAACCGAUAAUGUACUUGCAAGAGAAGAGGUGUGUAAGCUUUCUGAAGAACAUCAAAGACCCACUGACGAAGAACAAAAUUGCACUACAAUUUUUACAUCACAAACAAGCACAGGUAGCACAAAAGUCAGGCUUUUGUCUGCGGAGACUGCAAGCGUAGGAAACACAACUUGUGAUGCGUCUCAUGCAUUAUUUGUAACCCACCAGAGCUCCCCAGAACCAGCAGCUGAAGACGAUAAUGAUGAUACGGCUUACUGUGAUGAGCAAAGUGACUCUGAAAAUCUGCCAGCGGUCACACAAACAGAGAAUAAUAGGCAAGAACCUGAAAAUUCUGAAGACUGUCAGUCUGAGAUCCCGACUUUCGACUCAUCUGCAGAACCCACAGCUUCAGAGACCUGUCUGCAGCUCAUGAGAAGGCAGGAUAAAGACCAAGCCAAAGCCCUUGUAUUGGAGGGCAAGGUGCAAAUGCUUGUUGUCCAGACACAGGACAACAUGUACCAAUGUAGCCACUGCACCUAUGUAACCAGAAAGCAGGCAGCUUUAAUCCGGCACACCAGAUCAUCCUGCCAUGUGAUAAAAGCAGCACUAUGCUGCCAGGACUGCGGCAUGAAGUUUAAACAGCAACGUUCUUUGAAAACCCAUAGACUGAGGAAGUGCCGGUCACUGCAAAGGGGGAAAAAGACAUUUUCAGACACUUUAAGUAAAUCAAAGUUAAGUAAUUCAAAAGAAGGCACCCACACUACUAUUAGAAGUAAUGCAGGAUGUUUUACUAAGCAACCUGAAAUUUCUGAGGUCAUUAGAGCGGAUUCAAUCGAAAGCACUGAAACUGGUCUAGGUGAGGCAGGGGGCUCUGAACAUCAUGAGAUCUCUGGCUACAUUGAAGAUGACAGUCGGUACACUUGCAAAGAAUGUAAUUUUUCCUCUGUCAGAAAAGUCACAAUAGAUCGUCAUUGUGCAACAUGCACUGGAAACGCACAUAAAAAAGAUCUGUCUCAAUUCCGAAAGCAGUUCGAACUGAAGGAUAAUUCUAGUGAAUCUGAUUAUAAUCCUGAAGACGAUGGGGAAGAUUUAUCUGAAAGAGAUUCAGCAGACGAAGAGACACCUCAAGACCCGAAACCACGCUUCUCAUGUUCCAACUGUCCUUUUGUGUGCCAUCAGAAGAGAGCUUUAACAAGCCACGAGAUAAAAGGAUGUUUGAAACCAGGUGAACUACAAUGUCCGCACUGUUCAUUUGUGUCCAAAUCAGAACGAUCUCUAAACCAUCACGUUCAAGGUCACAGAAAGGACAAACAUGCUACUAGAGAAAAAACACCCGGCAAACUUCAAUGUGAGCUCUGUUCAUUCACCUGCAAACAGGAGCGAUGCUUAAAGCAGCACGUUGCAGUGAAACAUGAUGGAGUUCGACCUCACCAGUGUCGCUUUUGUUCGUUUAGUACGACACGACGGUACCGCCUAGAGGCUCAUGAGUCCAUGCAUACGGGUGUUGGGAGGCAUUGCUGUGAACUGUGCAGCCAAACAUUCGGCACCACAUCCAGGCUACGUCUGCACCAUCAGCGCAUCCAUGACAAACAGCCAACGCAUUUCUGUUCUUUUUGUGACUACAAAGCGUAUAAUUUCAAUGACAUCAGCCGCCACAACCUGAGCUGCCACACUGGUGACCAAAGCCACCGUUGCAGCCUGUGCGACGCACGGUUCAGCUCAGACAUUGCCCUUAAGCAACACAGCAACCGUGUGCAUCCUGUCACGAACAGCUUGUCUUGCGCUCAAUGCAGCUUUACCUGCAACCGCCAAGCUGAUCUCAAAACUCAUCUUCAAUGUGACCAUUCUGACAUUAGAAAUAGUGCUACGGCAGAGGAAUCUGGUCCAGGUAAACAAAGCAAGAGCUCCAUCACAUAUCAGUGUUUGGUUUGUUCCUUCAGCACCCAUAAAAGGCUCCUUCUGGUCCAGCACAUGUUAGAUGAGCAUGAAGAUGGGCCAGCCGCGGAGAAAACUCACAAAUGUGAUGUCUGUGGUUUCUCCUGCGCACACCAAGUUGUGUUUGAUCAACACGUUCGGUCACAUGGAGGAACCUGCUUGUACAAGUGCACAGAAUGCGAGUUUUCCACCAGGAAUAAACAGAAGAUCACGUGGCACAUUCGGACCCAUACAGGAGAGAAGCCUUAUCGCUGUGAGAAGUGCAAAUAUGCAUGUGCUGAUCCCUCACGAUUGAAGUAUCAUAUGAGAAUUCACAUGGAGGAACGUAAAUAUCUCUGCCCAGAAUGUGGCUACAAAUGCAAAUGGAUCAACCAGCUGAAGUACCACAUGACAAAACAUACAGGAGCUAAACCGUACUCAUGUGAAGACUGCGACUACCGCACCAACCGCGCCGACUCCCUCCGCAUCCACCGGGAGACGCGUCACAGAGACAUGCGCUCCUUCAUUUGUGAGAAGUGCGGCAAUGCUUUUAAGACGCGCUUCCUGCUCAGGAAUCACCAGAGAAAGCACAGCGAGGAUCGGCCUUACGUUUGCUCCGAAUGUCAAAGGACGUUCCGCUGGCCCGCAGGUCUCCGUCAUCACUACCUGUCUCACACUAAUCAGCUGCCAUUUCACUGCCUCCACUGUCCCUACAGGGCCAAACAGAAAUUUCAGGUUGUAAAGCACAUUCGGAGGCAUCACCCCGACCUGCCAGUGCAAGAUGGUGUGGGUAAAGACCAAGAGGCUUCUAGCAUCACACAAAAGUCAUGAUUAAGAGAAGAA